AUCAAAAGAAAGACAGCAUGAUCAUUUUGACUAUGAUUUAAGCCUUGGGAUUGCCUGUCGAUCAUUGUACCGUAUUCAGUCCUGCCGAAAUGUCAUGUCAGACCAACCAUGGCAUCCUCUCAGCUCUAAACUUGAUUGAACUCCGCCCAACAGCCGGAACACCCGGGAAUACAGAUACUCCAAGACAACAGCUCACUUAUCGACCUAUGUGGGCCACCAUCCUUCUAGGAAGCUUCUCGGCUUGCUUGGAUGGCAUUUGGCUAUACAUUUUGAAACGACCCAGAAGUGCACUAAAUGAGCCAAAUCUAUCUAUAAAUCCAUCCAACGAUCCACAAUACGACCCUUACCAUGUGAGAUCCGAGCCAAUUUGAUGCACGGCCAAAACAGCGAAUUAGAACUCAUCACGGGCGCGGCUGCAAAUCUUAUGCCCGUACCCUGUCGUUCUGUUUCGCCAAAAAGCCUCAAGGCUCCUUACCAUGUGCUGCCACUCAGGCAUGAUGUUUUCGCAGGCUAACACACUUUGACUGCACCAUGGCAGCUACUCCUCGCUAUUCACAGCUUUACCCAGGGGCAUUGUUGUGCGUUCGGGUCCCGAGGCCGCCGGGAUCAUCAUACAACUACCCGAUGUAGUUACUCAACAUGCCAAGGCUUUUGUAUAGAUGACAGCCUGAAAACUAAUAAGGAUCAGGAUCGUGGCUGAGGUACAAGCCCGGGGGAGAACCUUAUAAACGGAAAAAAUUUCGUCAGCCUCUCACUUGGUAUUACCAUCUAUCAAUUCAGUGACAAUGUUUAUUUCGGGAUUUCUCCUGCUCUUUGCCGGGGCGCAAUCCGCUUUGGCUACAUGCAAAUGCGUAC